AUACCUGUCACUUAAGUGAAAAUUGUGAAAAAUAAUGCUUUCUGCAAGUCACUAAAAUAAUUUUUUUUAGAAUUUAUUGCUUCUUUAAUUAUCUAUAGGGUCAUAUUAAAAGGCAAUCUCAACAAGAAAUGGAUAACCAGCCAUGCAUAUUUUUGGGUAUAAAAGUGAAACCUGGACCAAUAGAACGUCACAAACUAGAGAAUUUUGGACUCGAGAAUACAGUAGAUUCUCUUAGAACUGAAGCUGAAAAACGAUCCAACGUACCAUCAUCGUCAUUAGAAUUAAUUCACCACGGAAAAAUCUUAAAAGACAAGGCAACACUUCAAGAAUGUGGAGUCAAGUCUGGUGAAAUGGUGCAUGUUGUGAAAAAGAAGACUACCACUGCCAGUGCAGCACCUCCAACUUACACUGAUGCUGAGCUGCAGCAGUUAAAUGCAUCACUGAGAACUCUUGGAUGUACACCAAAUGCACCAGGUUGGACUAGAGCUAUGCAGCUCUUAAAUGAUGACUCUGUUAUGGCUGAGAUCAUAGAACAGGCCCCAUCACUAGGAGAGGAUUGUGUAGCUCUUUCAAUAUUGCACGAGGUUGAGUUAUUGGCAGCUCUAGGUGCCAAUCUACAAACAAUGAGGCGGGGUGCCACAGCCCAUCCAGAAUUGCCCAUAGCAUUGAGACACCUCACAAAUCUUGUUAGAUCACGCUCUUCAACCGGAUCUACUCCUGGUGAUACUGCACCCACAUCUGGAUUUGCAUAUUCAUUGGAGGCUUUGUCUGAAGAUGAAGAUGGUGAAGAUGAGGAGACUGAUGAAAAUGGUGAAAGAAACCAAAUAACUCAAGAACAGUUAGCAGCAGCAUUGCAGGCGGCCACGGAAGCCGUGUCGACUCCGCGGAGCGGCGGCGGCAGUCACGAGAGCCUGCUGCGGUUGCUGCACGCCGGCGACUCCUCCCGACCGCACUCCUCCACGCAGACCUCAGGUCCCAGUCGUUCGGUUAUCACUCCGGAAAUGUUCAGUGAAGCUAUUUCAGAAGCUAUAAACAGAUCCAGCAAUAGACAAAGUGAUGGAACACCUAUGGAACAAAGUACUGCAGCAUCUUCAUCUCAAAGUCCCGGAGGAAGGGAAGAUAAUUUUACAACGCAAUUGAACCAUAUGCAUGAAAUGGGUCUACUGGACGACGCCCUAAAUGUUCGCGCCCUACUAAUAUGCUCCGGUGACGUGAAUGCAGCUAUAAAUUUAGUUUUUAGUGGCGCCAUCGGAGAUGAAUAAUCUUCAAGGGAAACAAUUGUUCUGAAAUAUCUACAUGAUUAAACAUAUGAGUCGACUAUUAUCAAAGCCGGCAAUCUGACUUUUGGAC